AUGGCCGACGUCUUACCAGAAGCCGAAGAAUUCGGCCACGAUAUUCCCAUGGAUCCUGUAAUGCAACGCGAAGGAAGCGAGCAUUCCGAUGAAGUGGAGCUCAGCGAAGCCCAUGAUUCUGAAGACCACCCUGAUGACGCAGGUGAGGACGAGGAUCCGGCGGAGUGCUUCAGCCACGAGAGUGAUCCACGCCCGACAGAGCCUGAACAACUUGGAGAACCUUCUACGGAACACCCAUCACUGGCCAAGUCCAACUUCGACUGGGAUGCGUACCUUCGUGAACAAAAUGCUGAACCGGCUCCACGAGAAUGCUUCUUUCAACCGGACAAACCUUCUGAGAACAAGUUUCAAAUCGGCAAGAAGUUGAUGAUUGCUGAUCCAAGAGGUCCAUCCGGUUCAAGUGCUAUGUUCUGUCUUGGGACAGUCGUCAACGUUUACAAGUUGUGGUUGUGUGUCCGUCUCGAAGGCCUGGACAACUCACACGAAAAGUGGAUAUUUUGUGACGACGAGUCCAUCCAACCUAUUGGAGACAGCGCCGAAGAUCACAUGAAACUAAACCCUCCGAUUGGUUUCAUUCAUCAUCACGGUACAUUUCCUAAGUUCCUGGAACAACAUUUGAAACCUGAUGAUGAGACAGGAGAGACUAUGCUUUGCCCAGCCGAAUGGUUUCUACCGAUCUCAGAAAGUCUUCGACCUGCACGUAACUUCUUCCAAGUCGGUCAAAAAGUCGAAGCAAUUGAUCAGAGGAGUUUCAAUGGGAAAACAUGUCCUGCUACUAUUGUGGAUACUUCAAAGACCCAAAUUCAAAUCCAUUUCGAUGGUUGGAACAACGGAUAUGACAUCAAGGAGCCUUACUAUACACGAUUUGUGAUGCCCGUAGGAUGGUCUCAACGGAACGGAAUCGAAAUCAGUCCACCGAAGUCUGGAGGGAAAACUCCAUCUCGCUCAUUAAAGUUCCAACGAUUAUUGUCACUGCUGUUGGCGCUACCGUUUUCGAAUAAUAUAAUGCUCCGCAAACCGACGCCAACUACGGUAACACGACAACCUCCGGCAGCAGAUCAACCGAAACCGAAACAUCGACCGAACGUCACGAAAUCAGCGCAUCGAUCAUCGUUUUCUGGACAUCAUCAUCCUUCCUCCUCUUCUUCCACUUCUUCUUCCUCAAAGCAUGUUAUCCGAUUAUCCGACAUGCAUGUAAAUCCAUUACAGAGUAUCAGAAGAGGGAGACCUAACAAACGUCCAUCUUCCUCGAAAAGUGGCACAGCGACACCACCAUUAAAGAAAGGCGCAGAAGGAAGCUCGAUGCGUAGUUCGUCGUCGUCGUCUACGGGUACUACGAAUUCUACAAAGUUUACGUAUGAUAAAUCAUCUCCUCUCAUCAGUACGGAUAGACUACGAGCAACUAUGCAACAAACACGAUCUGAGCACUCCGUCGAAGAUAAAGUGAAGGAUCUACUUAUGAACGCUCAAGUUGAACAACAAAGGCUUGCCAAACAACUGUCACAACCUCCGUCAUCGUAUUUGUCUGGUGCAUCGAAGUCGAUUCGAGGCCCACCACCACUGCCGAAUUCACGCCAGCAAGCUGGACGUAAUCUUGACGCACAAUAUGCUGCCAUCAAAAAUGAAGCUGAAGAGGUCGUUUCUUCCACGACAACUUCUAUCGACACUACUCAUUCUGGUCUACGUCCUUUGGUGCCGCGUCCAUCCUCUUCACAAAAUACCCGUGAUUUGGCUAAAGUAGUUGGACAGAUUCGUCAAAAGGUUGAGAUAGAGGAACGGCGAGCUCCACCUGCAACUACUCAGCAGAGGUCACAUGAUAUUUUGCUAUUAACCAAGGACGAAAUUCCAUUGAAAGAGAGAAUUAUGACAGUGUACGUCAAUUAUUCAUGUCGCCUCGGGCCAUUCUUAGAUCCCAGCAUGGUGGCAGGAAUACGACGCCAAUUCGGACCGUUUGCUACUCACCAUGCCUUGAGAGAAGCUGUGCAGCAGGUGCUGAACUGCUCCAAAGAUGAUGGUGUCGUGUUGAAUCUUGUGCAACCUGCAGCCGUUACGCAGAUUCUUUCUGUUACAGCUCAUUGCGGAGGCACUCCACGAUCUCGCUUCAUUCCCUGCGUUAAAAGUUCCGCUGAUGCCUGGAACUAUAUCAAACAGCUUCUUAAGAAGAUGAAAAUUUGUGAGAACUUCUAUUCGAGUUCACCAGAUCCAUGUCCAAAUUGCGCUCCUGGGAACGAUAUGAGCAUAGAACAAGUUGUUGCCACAUCGCCACCUAUAAAACAUUGGACAAUCCAUAAAGUUGCCACUGAAUUACGUAAGCUGCUUGACGAAACGAUGGUGACGAAGUUUGUAGAGCAGCAAAUUGAUGGCCGCUCGUUAGGAUUGCUAACUACGGAACUGCUAAUGAGCCAUAUGGGGCUCACGCUAGGACCGGCUCUAAAAGUCAUCGAUUUUGUCAGCUCAGUGCGAAAAGCUCAGGAACAUCAGCGAUCAAAGAAAAAGUGCAUUUGGUGGACUUUGGACCACUUUGGUCCGUAUGUGAAAAAUACGGAUCGAUGUCAACAAUUUAGUUGUUCGGUAAUGCUGUUGUUAUCCGUGAUAUGUUCAUAG